AUGUCGUCUGCGACGGUGUGCUCCCAUGAAAUCGCCAGCGGCGACGCACAACGCUUCGUCCCCGCGCGCAGCUACUACAGUCUGAUCAGCACGAAUGCACGAGCUGCCAGCAUUUCUUUGUCCUCGCCGUCGAGGCUCCCUGAGGUAACCGCGAGCGCCAACAGCAGCGGCACCGCGACGCUGCUCAGUCGUCCCCCCAUCGCAGAGUCACUGCACACGCUGUCGGAGGUGUCAGAGAACGUGAACGCACCCGUGCCGAUUCGCGCACCGCUGGUGCCACGAGUACUACCGGUGCUGCCCUGCACCGGCAGCCCCACCAAGGCGGAAGGGAGCGUCUUCGCCCUGCACACGGCAUCCCCCGAUUCGGUAUUUCGUCCUGCAAAGGUGAACGCCUCAUCACGCAGCCCAUGCGACGCGCUGACGUCGGGAGAGAAGGUGAAGCCGAAGCUCUGCCCUCCAAUGAAGCCGACCCGCGCCACCCCCAUCGUCAGCCCGGCCGCCCGCACGAAUCCCUUCUGCCCGGAGGGGGUGCAGGUGAACCACCUGCCUUGCUGCACUCCGAGAGUGCUGGCUGUGCCGCGGGUGUAUGGACGCCAUGCACCCGCGGCACACACGUCAUCGAUGGAACGGUCUGCUGCGGCGCUGUGGAAGAACGCGGCGUCGGAUGCGGACGUGCUCGCCUUCUUUAGCUCUAACACCAACACCGCGGAUACAACGCCAGCGGGGACCCCUCCAGCUGCCACUCCGUCGUCGUCCUCCGCCCCCAACAGCGGACGCGCGGACAAGGAGUUCUCCUGGCCGGCAGCCGAGAUGACGCAGAGUAGUCUGUGCGAUUUGUCGCUCAGCGAGGACAUGUUCUCGAUGGACACGUCGUCCUCCGACGGCUCGGCGGGCUGCGGUCAUCGGGGCAGCGUCAUUGACGUGGAGGCCCUCGCGAACUUCCAGCGCGACGGUGCGCGUCGCCAGCGUGAGAUCUUCGGUGUUGCCUGCACGAAGUUGAUGGAUCAAUGA